AUUCCUGCGCCCGCGUCGCACGUAAACAAAAGUGUGGGCUUCCCGAAGCUAACCUCACGGUUUAGAUCGGUAUUAUGUUAACAUACUACCUUAGAUAAUUCUAGUGUUAAAAGUAGAGUCACAUAUAGUCUGGAUAAUAUGAAACUAUUAUCGUGUGGGGUUUGAAGCCUCUACAGCCCAGCAGGAUAUAGUGUUUGACUACAAAUCUCCUAAAUAUGAUGGAAGAUUUCUCAGGCCUGGCUCUGCCCCCUCUGUUUGGAGGACACAUCCUCGAGGCAGAGCUGGAGCCUGGUGGUGUGGAGCUGGGACCAGGAGAGGUGGAGCUGGAUGCGGGAGGCAACGAGCUUCUCGAGAGCACGGCACAAGAAGACGAAGAGAGGCGAGCUCUUGACAAAAGGAAAUAUCUGGCUCUGAGCAGGAGAUGUAAAGAAAUUGAGCAAGUAAACCAGAAGAUUCUGGGUCGCCUUCACCAAGUACAAAGAAUUACACGACGCAUGAAAAAAGAAAGGCGGUUCCUCAUGAAGACUUUAGAUGCUCAUGGGGAUGACUACAGAAAUGCCCAGCUCACAAUACUGCUUGAGGAGGAACAUGGAGAGCACUUAGAUCCUGCUGCUGGGAUUGAGGAUGAAAAGCUCAAUGGCGUUUCCGGCUCAACUGCAGCGCUGCAACAUGCUGCUGUGCCAAAGAAGAAGAGACACAGGAUUCCUCGACAGGAGAAGGAUAAAGACACACAGAUUGAACCAGACCUGUCGGUGUUGGCAGAGACACAGUUUGGAGAAAUGCCCAGCCCAACCUCUCUGUCUCACUGAGCAGUGCCGUAGAGAUGGUGACGACAGUGACAUUAGAGCCUGUUUUCUUCAGAUGUGUUAUCGACAGCACAGACAUUUGUCAGUCAGACUUUAUACCGUUCCAAAUCAAAAGUGUAAACAGAUUGGAUUCAUACAAGGUUGUUAUUGUUCCUUUGAUACAUGCAUUUCAUUCAUUUUUUGUAUUUUUUUGUUUUGAUAUUUUGUAGUGAUACUUGACACAGACAAUUAUGACUUAUGUAAAGUGUUGAGAACAAUAAUAGUUGCAGGAAAAACUCAUGAAAACAUUGAAAAAUGCAUUGAUUUGCAUCAUUCAGUUGGUAUUACUGAUAAUGUUAUGUUAUACACUGCAUGCUUUGCUUACCUCUUAUUUUAAUUUCAAAGUAAUCUUUUUGCUUUAAAUAAAAUCUGCUUAAACAAUAUUACCUUAUCUUCA